AUGUGGCUCCGCUACGUAGAUGAUACCUUCGUAGUCAUAAAAAACUGCGAAGUUGAACGACUGCACCAGAGUCUUAACGGUGUCUUCCCCGCCAUACAAUUCACACGCAAAGAAGCAACAGAGGACAUCCUCCCUUUUCUUGACGUCAGUGUACAAAGAUUGAGUGAUGGCAAUCUCGCGACCAGCGUCCACAGAAAAGACUCCAGUGCCGAAAUCAUCCUCAACUACGGGAGCAAUCAUCCUGCGGCCCACAAAAAAGCUGUGUUCGAACUCUUUUUCACCGCCCUUUUCGGUAUUGUAGCAGUCAGUAUCUACUCAAGAGAGAACUAGCCUACUUAUACCAAUUAUUCUGAUCUAACGGAUAUCCGAUCAGCUUCGUGAAAAACUGCCUCAGACGUCAGAGACAACCACAAGAUCAGAGUUCAAGUGGAGAAGUGGCACAGAGGAAAUAUUAUUCCCUGCCCUACAUGUGAGGAAUUUCUGAAGCGAUGGCCCGACAACUAAACAGGUUUGGCAUCUGCAUUGCCCACAAGCCGGCGUCCUCCUUACGCGCAGCGCUAUCCCGGGCAAAGGAUCCCAUACCCAAAGAACAACAAAGUAACGUCAUUUACCGUAUACCUUGAGCUAACUGCCGUUGCGUUUAUAUUGGUCACACGGGUCGACAACUUGGGACUCGCAUUAAUGAACACAAGUUAGCUAUCCGCCGACGCGACCCCUUAUCUCUCGUGUUUGCACACGCUCUUGAUUGUGACCACCGUUUCAAUUGGGACGGUACCGAAGUGGUCGCCAUAGCUAACACCAAACAUGCACGGAAAUUCCUCAAAGCUUGGCACUCCGGUGCAGAUAGCAUUAACCGCCAUGUUGACCUAGAUGUCCAAUACGAGGGUCUCUGAUCACGGUGGACUGACUGGCGCCCACCAUAAGAACAACAGCAGCUAAUGCGUGCCCGGACAUGCAUGAUCUCGCCGACACGCCAUUCCUACCUCCCUGCCCUACUCCCCCCUCCCCCCCCCCAACACGGUGAACCACAACUGGGACACACAACAUCUAACCUCACCUCCUGCACCCAUCACAACACGAUGCACACCUCCCCCUCACAAGGUCGUCUGCUUACCUCUUGUCUGUGUCCUCAACCAGCAGUGUGACAAUACCACCUCUCAAUUUUCAUUUUGUCUGACGACGGGUUGGUGCAACCAGCUCGAAAAUUCACGAGUAAAACUCUAAUUCCGACGGACUUCCUACUUUCAUAUAUAUAUAUAUAUAUAUAUAUUGAAGAAGAUGAUAAGGCGAUCUCUGGAGAUGAUGAUCUAUUCAUCUGACGUUUCACACUCAUACUCGAGCGCAUCAUCGGAGAUAGGAAAUUUGAGAAAAUUACACUGUUUUAAUAGGUCCGUCCCGCUCGCGCCUGAUAGGGCCAUCAAUUUCUAUCCUGAUUUGGCCUCCGCUUGUGCGUAGGUGGUGUUUGGCGGUCUCGUAUGGGGCUGGUAGGUCGACGCAGCGGUUUAUGGAGUUGGCGUCUGUUUGCCAGCCCUCGAUUAUUUCUCGCGCUAGUCUGUUUUCCGCUCGGCCGAGCACUUGGGCGCCGUCAAAGUCAAACCGAUGGUCAUUUUCCAGACCUACGCACCAGGGGAGGCCCAAUCAGGAUUGAAAUUGAUGGCCCUAUCAGGCGCGAGCGGGACGAACCUAUUUAAACCGUGUAAUUUUCUCAUAUUUCCUAUCUCCGAUGAUGCGCUCGAGUAUGACUGUGAAACGUCAGAUGAAUAAAUCAUCAUCCCUAGAGCUCGCCUUACCAUCUUCAAUUUAAACACCUGGGGUCAGCAUUUUCGCCUACAUCCAUAUAUAUAUAUAUAAUUUGAAAUCAAAUAGAUCUUUGGGAAAGAGAGAAAAAUUUUUUUGAAUAAAUUUUCGAUGUCAGUUCACCGUGUCGUCGUCAGAAAAGGGUAAAUGUGCAGAAAACAAUAAAAAUUUCACAGGUGCUAAACCUUUGUAUUUGAAUACACUAUGGUCCAUGAAUUCGCCCUCUCUUCUUCUUCGUCUUCUUCGGGAGAUGAUGAACGCGUUACAAUGUCUGGACCUCGAAUCUUUACGCAUGUCGAUGUAUACUAUGGGCGCACAGCCCUUCGCUCAGCACGAAGUUGGGAGACCUUAGCGAAGCGAGAGUCCUUCACCUACAGUAGAUGUGCUAACUCAUGAAAUGUCAACCAAAGUUUCGAAAUGCGUUCUCUUUUCGAAAAGAUAAAUUAAGUAGUGUUGUAAAACUUAUCAUGAUGCAGCAUAAAUUUAUAAUGAUCGAGUUACCUCAGGGUGUCUGCCUUCGAAAGAACUUACUUUCGGCUGCAUGCAAGAUGUGUACUCUGCAAAAAAUGACUACUUAAGUAGUAUUCAAUUUUCUCAUUGAUUUUCGAUGCCCUUAGAAAUUCAAUUAUAUUUCAUGGAAAACAUGCAUAAAAAAUAUACAUUCUUUUAUUUAUUCGGUAGAAAAUCACGUCUUCUUCCAAUUUCAUACUCAAAAGAAGAGCAUAAUUUGGUUUUAAAAACGUUUCUAAUUGUGAGAUUUUUUAAUACCGUUAAAUGGCCGUUCAUGAAACGUCAUGUAUCUGCAUUUACGAAUGUGGCUUGUAAAGUUAACAAUAUUACUCGACCGGAGGCCACCAUCCACCGCUUAAUCAUGCAGCCUAAGUAUCGGUUACCACCUGCAGACACGUUAGGCGUCAUUUACCGCGUCAAAUGUCUGGACUGUCUGGCCAACUACUGUGGCAUGACCGACAAUCGCCUAAGAACGCGCAUGCAUGAGCACACUUUGGCCGUAAGGCGAAAGGACGUACGAUCGUAUGUCGCCAUGCACUGUCUGGAAAAUGCAGUUACAACACAGAAGACGCACAGCCGGUGGACUUCAUCGCUGCACUAGAAGCGACACUCUCAAAAACGGAUACCACGGAAGUCUCAAGGAACGCGAUUCGCCAACGAGUCGCGUCCCUCAUCAUAUCCCACAGUUAAAGGCCAUCAGGGAACUAAAGAGGGACGAAGAAAUUGUCAUUGUUCCAGUACACAAAUGGCGGGCGACCGUAGUGCUAGGCAAGUCGGAGUACGUUGCAAAAGCGCAGCAGCUAUUAAAUGACAACCAAUCGUAUAAAAUCAUCGAUUCCGACUUCAGUAAAGGACUGGUAGGCAAAAUCAACAAGAGCGUGAACCAGAUGAGGAAAGAAAAGGCCAUAUCCGAAAAGGAUUGGAGAAAAAUAAAACCGCAAGAUGCUGCCUUAGCACGCUUUUAUGGUUUGCCAAAAAUCCACAUGCCAAAUAUUCCCCUAAGGCCCAUUGUGGCGAUGGAAGGUACGCCUACAUACGGACUGGCUAACUGGCUUGCCAAGCAUUUGAAGAACUUGACGGACGGCUCAUAACACACAGCCGUAUCUUUAACACACUUUCUGGAAAAAUUCAAAGGAGUUAUAAUAGCCCCCGACGAGGUAAUAGUAUCCUUUGACGUUGUCUAUCUAUUCACCUCCAUCCCAAAAGAAUUGGUCAUGAAAGUCAUCAAUGACAUACUGGAUAAAGAACAACGAAGAGAGGAACCCGUUUAUGAGGAAGCACCUGAUGGAAUUAUUAGACUACUGCCUACGCACGUACUUCACUUUUAAUGGUAAAAUUUAAAAGCAAAUCCAGGGAACCCCAAUGGGAUCCCCGAUUUCCGACUAUCUGGCUGAGGUGGUUAUGCAGGAACUAGAAGCUCGAGACUUUCAGUCCUACAAGUCGAGGUUCUGGAUGCGCUACGGAGACGACACCUUUGUCAUCUUGCGCCGAGACGCAAAUGACAACUUUAAAAGGGAGUUGGACUCCAUCUUCCCACAAAUUCAAUUUACCAUGAAGGAAGAAAAUAACGGAGUGCCGACUCGAAUGUCGGCCAUCAAGCAAUGAUCACCCCAAGUGUGACAAUCCCGGAUGAAGGGGGAAGCCGUGAACGUUCAUAGGCAGGCGGUAGCAUGGCUGCUGCAUCCUUAAAUACCGCAGCCCCUUGUGCAACAACCACCCGUUUCUGCUCUUUUGUCUCUGAUAAUGGAUUCGAAUAGGAAUCCGAAACGUCAGGCUAAUAAAGUUCUUGUCCCGGCGAUCGUGUCUCCUUCUUCAGGACUACUUACUGGGACUCGGCUCUUCGCUUCUAUUGACAGAGAAAAUUCUCUUCUACAAAAGCAACCACUCCCUGUCGCAUAAACGUAGCUGCGUCCGGGCGCUUUUUCACCGCAUCAACACACACUGCAGCCCAGAAGCCGAGAAGCUGCGGAAUCGUGAAACCCUAUUGCACCUCUUCCUUGCCAAUGGAUAUCCACCCAAUUUUGUGAACAAAUGCUUAUACCAAAGACAUACGAGUGCCGACCGUGAGAAUACGCAAAGACCUGAAAUCUUCCGCGUGCUGCCUUACGGGAGAAACGUCUCCGAAGCCACUGAGCGCCUGCUAAGGCCCCUAAGCGUGGGUGUUGGACACCGACCGGAGACCACCAUCCACCGCUUACUCAUGCAACCCAAGGGCCGGCUACCACCUGCAAACACGUCAGGCGUCAUUUACCGCGUCAAAUGUCUAGACUGUCUGGCCAACUACUGCGGCAUGACGGACACACGACUGCGCACACGCGUGCAUGAGCACCCCUCAGCGAUUCGAAUCGGUCUUCAUGCGGCUCCUUUUGCAUGGGUGACUCGAGCCUGAGACUACACUGAAGCGUUAAGCGUCGCCGAUUGGAAGGCUGCUGGUUGACGUCCCAACUUACUCCAUGCAGUCCAUCCAGUUGUAUGUGUACGUAUAAUGGCGGACUGAUGGACUGAGAGUUGGGCUGAAUCAGCUCAUUUGUUUAUUGCCCUGAGCUUUCAUACUCGUCCAUCGUCAGAGGUAGUAGCAGCAGCAGAACAAGCAACAGUUAUAAGGCAUGUAGACCAAUCAUCGACCGACGGCAGAAGACUGGAGGUGACUACGCAGGGCACUGUACGCCUGCGUCAGAUCGAUAAAUCAAUUGACCGAGUUCUAAUCCGAGGCCCAGGCUUCAAUUAAUUCUCGACCUGUUUUGUUUCCGGCGUGGGCGACUUUUCCGGUGACUUCGAAGUUAAACUCGUGACCCAUUUCGUAGGUGUGUGCAGUUCCCUCUACGGCACUCCCACGCAUGUGAGAGAUACGUUGCCCUACCCUCGUUGUGUGAAAUUGCGGUGUUUGUGUUUGGGUGACCAGGUCGUUCACGUGGUGUGGCGCAGACACGGUCACUAGACCAUGUCAUUCACCGGGACAAUUCACCGCACCUGUCAAAUGACCGCCUCGGACGGUGCAUGGGGCUUGAGAAUGGAAAGGGAGAGUGAGGUCGACGACUCAGUGCAUUCGUCUCGCUACAAACAAUCUGACAUGCUGUCAAGGUACGCUAAAAGCCGUGGCUUGGAAGGCUGCCAGCUAAAGAGUUGACUUGGACCACUCAGUCGGGAUGCGAGCUGGCGUGGGAGGCAGUCCUAGAUGCGGCUUCGGCCAUGCCAGCCUCCAUUGUUUGUGCUGUAGUUGGUCAAAAUCCUGGUCAUAUGCUGUGCGGACCAGGGGGUGCGGAGUGGAGCACCAAAAUCGUGCCAUCCACCUGCGCCCUCCUACGUCUCCGCAUCCAAGACCAUCAACUGGCAGUUAAGAGGUGAGAACACUUGUCUCAAAUCGUCAUGCGCGCUCUUGAUUCUGGACACACUUUCACAUGGGACAAAGCUUGCUUCAUCGGAGUCUGCCCACAUAAAAAGGCCGACAUUUUCUUGAAGACAUACACUCCGAUGAGUCAUGCAUCAACGGGCAUAUCGAGUUAGAUACCACGUACAAAAAUCACAAGGAAAAAAUGAAGACGAAAACCGAUCAAUAGAGAAUGACGCACAAGACAGACGCUUACUGGCUAAAGCACCAAAUGUUUAUUGGUUUUGGAGAACGUUUGAAAAGUUAAUGGAUUUUUGCACAUUUACUUGAAACAAAACACGGAUUGUCGGUGUCUGUCCUUUCAAGAAAGAGCGAGAGUUCCCUUGGGCCAUGCACUCGGAUGAAUCGUGCAUCAACCGUCAUAUAGUGUUGGAGGCUGCUGAAAAAGUCUAAAGGAGAAAUGGAAGAGACGAGAGACAAACGGAGUAGAAUGACGCAGAAUGCGGCCGCUCACGGGCGUAAACACCAAUGAUUAUCGAUUUUUCGAGUGCAAUGCCAGAUGUUAACUGUAGUCGGCAUAUUUACUCCCAGUUUGCGUCUGAAGACGACCUGGGAAACCGGCGUCGAACAUUUACCAAAUAAAGUUCUUUUUUCCAAAACAACACCUUCGAAUUUAAAUUAAGUUUCUUGAAAUGCCUAUCUCCCUAUAUAUAUAUAUAUAUAUAUAUAUAUAUAAUGUUAGGGGGCGCUCACCGAUCGUUCAUACGGAACUCACUCGUUCCGUUGUGCCUUAAGGGCUCUCUUUUGAGCCCAACCAGCAGCCGCGCAGCGGCCCAUUAUAUAUAGGCAGAAUGAUAUCACCGACAAAGACAAGGGAGACUGGAGACUAGAGGCGUUGACUUCUAAACCAGCAGGUCGCGAGUUCGAGGCUCGGGUGUUCCACACUUCGGGCAUGGGUAUGGCUGGCUGACGACAGUUAAUAAGCCAGAAAUGGCCAUUCCAGUCUCCCUUGUCUUUUAUGGUAAUAUCAUUCUGCCUAUAUAUCAUGCGCCGCUGCGCGGCUGCUGGUUGGUCCCGAGAGAGAGCCCUUAAGACACAACGGAACGAGUGAGUUCCGUAUGAACGAUCGGUGAGCGCCCCCUAACAUUGUAUAUUCCCGAUCGAAAACCGACAGGACAACGGGCUCGUGGCCCGGUGAUUAGAGUCGUUGACUACUAAACCAACAGGUAGCGAGUUCGAGGCUCGGGUGUUCCACAUUUCGGGCUUGGGUAUGGCUGGCUGACGACGGCCAAUAAGCCAGAAAUGGCCAUUCCGGUCUCCCUUGUCUUUGUCGGUAAUAUCAUUCUGCCUAUAUAUAUAUUUAUAUCCCGAAGAAGACGAAGAAGAAGAGAUGGCGAAUUCAUGGACCAUAUUGUAUUCGAACUGACACUUCGGAUACUUCCUCGUAAUUAAUGUACUUGCCGGUCUUGACUUGUUCAAUCUUGCCGCUUGCCUCGUAUUAAUGCCGUGCUCGACGUACGAAAUUUGACCUGCCUGUUUGCUGCUGACUAGCGUAGACCUCCCCGGGGCUGACCGCUGACAGGCCUGCGUGACCUUUGUUCCCUUUGGGGUCGGCGCAAUUGUGGUCAAAUCAACGUGCCUCUUGGCCUCCCCCACGUCAGCCGGUGGACUGAUCGGUCGUUGCUGUUCAGGUGAGCAGCAUUCAGCUUCGCGGGCGCAUCGGUGAGACAAUGUUCGGCUUCGGUCACAUGACCUCUGGCCCCCAAUUCCGCUCUUUUCCGUGAGCGUUGACUCUCGGUCCCGCAUGCUCGCUUGCCUUACUGGUCCUGUCCGGACUGAUCCGAGCCUCGUACGAAGCGCCUGGUAGGCGGGAUGUAGAUCUAUAGCUCGAUUGACUGUACCAGUCGAGGACUAACUUUCGAGCACCAUUCUGGCCAUCUUCUCAUUGGCUCUACCAAUUACCCUCACUUUCUCAAAGGCAAAAUCGUGGUUCAGUUCUCGUAUGUGACCAUAGACCAAAGACAGCUUGUCCUUGCGAUUGAUUGCAAGUUGGUGUUCGUGAAAUCUUGUGCCGAGGCGUUUGCCCGUUUCACCAACAUACCUUGCAUUGCAAUUUAGGCAUGGUAUGCUGUAGACCACCGCCGACUGUUCUGUUGUUGGUAGCGGGUCUUUGGGCUUCAUGAUUUGCUGUCUGAUGGUGCAUUCUGGAUUAUGAGCCACGCCAAUCCCAAAAGGUUUCAGGAUUAUUGCCGUUGCCUCUGAUACGUUCUUCACAUAGGGUAUUGAGAGCCAGAACUUGGGCUUUUCUCCACUCGACAGCUCACAAUGAGGCUGUUUGAGGCAAUUGCAUAUGAAGGACUUCGGGUAGCCGUUGGCUUUAAAAAGGGCCUGUAAGUAAUUCAUCUCCUCCUUCCUCCCACUGUCGUCGAUACAGUGUGUUUGAACACGUUGAAAGAGAGUUCUGACACAACUGCGUUUAUGACCAACAGGGUGGUUGCUUCGGAAGUGGAGGAUGCGCCUGGUAUUUGUUGCCUUACGGUAAACCGUUGUCCUUAUCUUCCCGUCUGUCAAUCUCGUAACUUUUACGUCCAGGAAGGGCAACUGAUUGUUGACUUCCUCUUCCAUAGUAAACUGAAUGUCGGGAAAUUGGUAAUUGGUAGAGCCAAUGAGAAGAUGGCCAGAAUGGUGCUCGAAAGUUAGUCCUCGACUGGUACAGUCAAUCGAGCUAUAGAUCUACAUCCCGCCUACCAGGCGCUUCGUACGAGGCUCGGAUCAGUCCGGACAGGACCAGUAAGGCAAGCGAGCAUGCGGGACCGAGAGUCAACGCUCACGGAAAAGAGCGGAAUUGGGGGCCAGAGGUCAUGUGACCGAAGCCGAACAUUGUCUCACCGAUGCGCCCGCGAAGCUGAAUGCUGCUCACCUGAACAGCAACGACCGAUCAGUCCACCGGCUGACGUGGGGGAGGCCAAGAGGCACGUUGAUUUGACCACAAUUGCGCCGACCCCAAAGGGAACAAAGGUCACGCAGGCCUGUCAGCGGUCAGCCCCGGGGAGGUCUACGCUAGUCAGCAGCAAACAGGCAGGUCAAAUUUCGUACGUCGAGCACGGCAUUAAUACGAGGCAAGCGGCAAGACUGAACAACUCAAGACCGCAAAGUGCAACAAUUACGCUAAUCUGAUGAUGGAAACGAGGAAGUUUCCGAAACGUCAGUUCGAAAACAACAUGGUCCAUGAAUUUGCCCUUUCUUCUUCUUCGUCUUCUUCGGGAGAUGAUAAACGCGAUAUAUAUAUAUAUAUAUAUAUAUAUAUUGGAUGGAGCCGACAAAGACAAGUGAGACCGGACUGGCCAUUUGUGGCAUAUUAGCUGUCAUCAGCCAGUCAUACCCAACCCCAAGUGUGGAUCACUUGAGAUUCGAACCCGGGAUCCUUGGUCAUGUAGUUUGAGCUCUACCAUUGAGCCACGGGUCCGUUGUCAUGUCGGUUGUGAUCGGCAAUAUCAAUUAUGACAGUGGGCGCCCGCGGACCAGGUGUCGGAUCGUGCUCGUUCCGUUGUGCCUUGGGGCUCAUACCAGGACCGUCGCAGGCAGUCGCACAUCGACUAGUAGUAGACAGAGAUGAGAUGGAGCCGACAAAUUCAAGGGAGAGCCUGUUCCGUAACCUGAUCGGCGAGCGUCCACUGUCAUAAUUGACAUUCCCGAUCACAACCGACAGGACAACGGGCCCGUGGCUCAAUGGUGGAGCUCAAACUCCAUGACCAAAGAUCCCGGUUUCGAAUCUCAAGUGAUCCACACUUGGGGUUGGGUAUGACUGGCUGAUGACGGCUAAUAAGCCAGAAAUGGCCAUUCCGGUCUCCCUUGUCUUUGUCGGCUCCAUCUUAUCUAUGUAUACUACUAGUCGCUGUACGACUGCCUGCGAGGGUCCUAUUAUGAGCCCCAAGGCACAACGGAACGAGCACGUUCCGUAAACUGGUCGGCGAGCGCCCACUGUCAUAAUAUAUAUAUAUAUAUUCACGCAGGAAUGGGCGCACACCUAUUCAUUGGCUUCCAGAUGCAAACAAGCCUCGUAUGGGCGAUAGGGGCACGAACAGGCAACCACGUACCAGGCCGAAGUUGGCCAAGAUAUGUUCGUGAUCCCUAUCGCCCAUGCGAAGCUUGUUUGCUUCGGGAAGUCAAUGGAUCGGUGUGCGCCCAUUCCUGAGUGAACAAAUACCCGAUCUGCAGCGACAGAGAAUGGCAGGUGGCGAGGCACUGAUGAACUUCGGUUCGAUGAAGUGCUUAUGACCCAUCUGGUAGGCCUCAGUGCUGGACCGACUGCGCCAGGUGCGUCUGUGCGCAUGUUUGUGUUUCUGGUCUCAGCUGCUGGUGGUCAGGGUUAUGAUUGGCUGAAUGAAGGCAGAAUAAGCCCGAAAUAGUGCUGUAUCAAUCUACCCGCAUUCUCUGUCGUCCCUUCUCGCUGCUAUUAUGACUUGGCCGACUUCGGCCUGGUAAUUGGUUGCCUGUUCGUGACCUUUGCCACACAUACGGAGCUUGUUUGCUUUGUGAAGCCAAUAGAUCGGUGUGCGCCCACUCCUGAUUGAUAAACACCCGAUCUGCAGCGACAAAGAAUGACAGGUGGCGAGGCACUGAUGAACUUCGGUUCGAUGAAGUGCUUAUGACCCAUCUGGUAGACAAUAGUGGUGGACCAGCUGCGCCAGGUGGGUCUGAGCGCAUGUUUGUGAUUCCGGUACCAGCUGGUGUUCAGCGUUUUGAUUGGCUGAAUGAAAGCAAAUGAGCCCGAAACAGUGCUGUAUUAAUCUACCCCCCGCAACCUCUGCAGUCUCCUCUCUGAUAUAUAUAUAUAUAUAUAUAUAUAUAUAUAUAUAUAUAUAUAUAUAUAUAUAUAUAUAAGAAAGGUGAAGUACUUUGGGAAACGGGAAAAUUUUAUUGUGAAUUUUCGAGACUGGUUCCCCAGCUCGUCUUCAGACAAGGGGCGUGCAGAAACAAUUAACUUCCAGACUGAGUCUGGCAAAAGGAUUCCAUGAUUGGUUAAGGUCGUCAUCUCGGGAUUGGUUGACGCAGUUUGAAUCUGUCCUUAACGAUUUUGUAUGUGGCAUCUAAAUCGAUAUGCCGGUUGAUGCAUGCCUCAUCUGAGUGCAUUGCCUCCAGGAAUUCGCGGCCUUUCCUUGUUUGGCUGGCGCCAACAAUGCGAGUGUUUUCCCAUGCGAAUUUAUGCCCAGUGUCCAGUGUGUGCAUGGCCACCUGGGAUAGAUGGUCGCGUCUCUUCACCGCUAACUGAUGCUCAUGUAGACGGGUUGAGACAGAUUUCCCAGUUUGGCCACAAUAAACGGCAUCACAACUAGAACAUGGCAUUUUAUAGACAACACCUUUUCUUUCCAGAUAGCCAACCCUGUCCUUAGGGUGUACAAGCUGUGUGCGUAAGGUAGUUGUCGGCUGGUGUGCUACGUGUAUCUGGUACUUUUUCAAUUGUCUUUCGACUAAUUCAGAUACAUUCUUGACGUAUGGGAGAGUUCGCCAUGUGGUUAGUUUUGGUGCCUGAGCGGCCGCAGCAUUGGAAAUCCCUUUUUCCUUGAGUUGCUGGUGCCUCAUGCAUUGACGUAUAAAGUCAUGCGGGUACCCAUUUUGGGAGAACAGUUUGUAGAGGUAUUUCAUUUCUGCUCUAUAACUUGUUUCAUCAGAGCAGUCAGUUUUGGCUCGAUUCAGAAAGCUGUAGACUGUACUCCGUUUGUGAGAGACAGGGUGGUUACUCUCAAAGUGUAGGAUGACAUCUGAAUACGCCUCUUUGCGAUAAACUGAUGUCUGAAGUGAUCCAUCGGUUUUUAGACGUACAAGGACAUCCAGGAAUGGGAGUUGUCCAUCGACCUCUGUUUCGAAAGUAAAUGUAAUUCCUGGAAAUACCGAGUUAAUAUUGGUAUGGAGCAGAUUCAACUGAUCUUUCUUGACGAUGACGAAAUUGUCAAUUUGCAAGAUAUAUGGUCUUCCCGAAAUUCAUAAAACUGAUAUUCCUCUGCGACCGAUAGUCUCCCUAAUAGAUGCACCCAACUAUAAGAUCUCGAAGUGGCUAUUCCACCAACUACAUCCACUUACGAAGAACUCCGAAAACUACAUUCAGGAUCCAAAAGCGUUUCUAGACAAAUUAAACGGUGUCAACAUUACAUGUGACGAGAUUAUGGUGUCAUUCCAUGUGGUCUCGCUCUUCACUUCGAUUCCACUAGAUUUAGCGAAAAGCUGCACCGAAGAACUCCUUCAAACAUAUACUUCUGAGGUGCCUCCAGAGGCUUUACUUCAACUCCUUGAUCUCUGUCUAGAGACAAAUUUUUCCUUCUCCAAUCAAUGCUACCGGCAACUAAAAGGGGCUCCCAUGGGCUCACCAAUAUCCGGUUUCCUGGCAGAAGCAUUACUGCAGAAAUUAGAGAGCAUAGCCCUUCCCACAGUCAACCCAAAACUUUGACUGCGAUACGUAGAUGACACUUUUGUCAUCGUCAAGAAAGAUCAGUUGAAUCUGCUCCAUACCAAUAUUAACUCGGUAUUUCCAGGAAUUACAUUUACUUUCGAAACAGAGGUCGAUGGACAACUCCCAUUCCUGGAUGUCCUUGUACGUCUAAAAACCGAUGGAUCACUUCAGACAUCAGUUUAUCGCAAAGAGGCGUAUUCAGAUGUCAUCCUACACUUUGAGAGUAACCACCCUGUCUCUCACAAACGGAGUACAGUCUACAGCCUUCUGAAUCGAGCCAAAACUGACUGCUCUGAUGAAACAAGUUAUAGAGCAGAAAUGAAAUACCUCUACAAACUGUUCUCCCAAAAUGGGUACGCGCAUGACUUUAUACGUCAAUGCAUGAGGCACCAGCAACUCAAGGAAAAAGGGAUUUCCAAUGCUGCGGCCGCUCAGGCACCAAAACUAACCACAUGGCGAACUCUCCCAUACGUCAAGAAUGUAUCUGAAUUAGUCGAAAGACAAUUGAAAAAGUACCAGAUACACGUAGCACACCAGCCGACAACUACCUCACGCACACAGCUUGUACACCCUAAGGACAGGGUUGGCUAUCUGGAAAGAAAAGGUGUUGUCUAUAAAAUCCCAUGUUCUAGUUGUGAUGCCGUUUAUUGUGGCCAAACUGGGAAAUCUGUCUCAACCCGUCUACAUGAGCAUCAGUUAGCGGUGAAGAGACGCGACCAUCUAUCCCAGGUGGCCAUGCACACACUGGACACUGGGCAUAAAUUCGCAUGGGAAAACACUCGCAUUGUUGGCGCCAGCCAAACAAGGAAAGGCCGCGAAUUCCUGGAGGCAAUGCACUCAGAUGAGGCAUGCAUCAACCGGCAUAUCGAUUUAGAUGCCACAUACAAAAUCGUUAAGGACAGAUUCAAACUGCGUCAACCAAUCCCGAGAUGACGACCUUAACCAAUCAUGGAAUCCUUUUGCCAGACUCAGUCUGGAAGUUAAUUGUUUCUGCACGCCCCUUGUCUGAAGACGAGCUGGGGAACCAGUCUCGAAAAUUCACAAUAAAAUUUUCCCGUUUCCCAAAGAACGUCACUUUUCUUAUUAUAUUUCUUGGGAUGCCGGUUUUUCAAUAUAUAUAUAUAUAUAUAUAUAUAUAUAUAUAUAUAUAUAUAUAUAUAUAUAUAUAUAUAUAUAUGCCGAAACCAGCUUCCAUUGGACUUGUUUGAAUCUCUGAACGAAAGCAUCACCUGUGUCUCACAACUCGAACGACAUUAAAAGCGGAGUAUUUUAGACAAGAUUGGACGACCAUUUCUCAGAAAGCUGAUGCAAGCCAGAAGUGCCCAGCGAAGGUCGUAAACCUAUCCUCGAGACUUCUUUCACCAUCAGAAGGGAAUGUGCUUUCUAAAGGGAUGAAUUGCAAUCUUUCUGAUUCAAAUUUCUUGGACUUCCUCGCAAGCUUGUAAUCCAUCAUAGCAACGGCAGACCUCACCGAAGACGAAAAAUUUACAAUCCGAAACACGACAGUAAACGCCCUGAAAGACCGAAGUCAGUUUACCGUACUAUCACGUGAAGAACAGAAAGCCUUAAGAGCCCUAAGAACUGACAAAAAUAUUAUCGUUCUCCCGGCUGACAAAGGUGGCUAUGUUGCGAUUUUAAACAAACCAGACUACAAUGCAAAGAUGCUAUCAUUAUUAGAAGAUGGAUCAACUUAUAAACCACUUCCAGCGGAUCCUACCAAAGCACAGAUCUCGUCUAUUGACAAAGUGUUGAAGCGCCUCACUGGGAAAAAACAACUGUCGGGAGAAAUUGCUAAGUUCCUGAAACAAACUGAGCCCACAAUUGCUAGGAUCUAUGGACUACCUAAAGUCCACAAAGCUGAAGUGCCUUUACGACCGAUUGUAUCGUUAAUCGGGGCACCCAACUACAAAAUUUCAAAGUGGCUCUUCCGCAAACUUCAUCCACUUACGAGGAAUUGUGAAACGUCGAUUGAGAACUCUACGGAGUUUCUAAAGAAAUUAAAAGGAAUCACAGUUUCCUCCGACGAGAUAAUGGUCUCCUUCGAUGUCGUCUCCCUUUUCAGUCCAUACCGUUGGAUCUGGCAAAACAAUACACAGAGGACCUCCUGAAGUCCUGUGACACGGAUGUUCCCGCUAUUGCCUUACUCGAACUCUUAGACCUGUGUAUGGAAACCAAUUUUUCGUUCGACCAACAGUACUACAAACAACUGAAAGGAGCCCCGAUGGGAUCACCUAUCUCUGGCUUCCUCACCGAGAUCACAAUGCAGAAACUAGAGACCAUGGCUCUUCCGUCAGUUAACCCUAAAUUGUGGCUGCGGUACGUGGACGACACAUUUGUGAUCGUUAGAAAGGAUCAACUAGAAACGCUCCACAAAACCAUCAACUCAACAAUGCCGUGGAUUAAAUUCACACUCGAGAAAGAAGUUGACAAUAAACUCCCAUUUUUGGAUGUUCUCGUGCAGCGGAAGACCGACGGGACAUUGCGCACAUCGGUGUACCGCAAAGAAACCUAUGCGGAAGUCAUUCUACACUACGAGAGCAACCACCCCAUUUCCCACAAACGGAGUACGGUCAACUGCCUGCUUAAUCGAGCAAAAACACACUGCUCGGACGAAGAAGACUACCGAGCCGAACUAAGCUACUUGUGUGAAUUAUUUUCCCGAAAUGGGUACCCAAAGGACUUUGUGCGUCGAUGCAUGAGACAGAAAGAGUCAAAGGAAAGGGAACAAAGAAUUCCCAGUCAGGCACCCAAGCCAAAUGCAUGGCGAACCCUCCCUUACAUCAAAAACGUUUCUGAACUCGUGGAAAGGCACCUAAAGAGGCACCAAACUCUGGUGGCACACAGACCAACGACUACACUACGUACUCAGGUAGUACACCCUAAGGAUAGGGUCGGCUAUUUGGAUAGAAAGGAAGUCAUCUACAAGAUCCCAUGUGAGGCCUGUGAUGCAGUUUAUUGUAGUCAAACAGGAAAAUGUGCCUCUACACGCAUUCACGAACACCAACUUGCAGUAAAGAGGCGAGACCACCUGUCUCAAGUAGCCAUGUAUACCCUGGACACAGGGCAUACGUUUGCUUGGGAUAGAACACGGAUUGUCGGUGCCUGCCCCUUCAAGAAAGGCCGACAGUUCCUUGAGGCCAUGCACUCGGAUGAAUCGUGCAUCAACCGUCAUAUCGAGUUGGACGCCGCGUACAAAAGUCUCAAGGAGAAGUGGAAGAGGCGAGAACCAAUCGGGACGGAUUGACGCAAAUAGCGGCCGCUCACGGGCGCAAACGCGAACGACUAUCGAUUUUUUGCGUGCACUGCCAGAUGUUAACUGUUGCCGGCACAUUUACUCUCAGUCUGCGUCUGACGACGACGACCUGGGGAACCAGCGUCGAAAAUUCACGCAAUAAAGUGCCUUUUCCCAAAGAACGCCUCUGCCUUCAACUUAUUUUUCUUGGGAUGCCUACCUUCCAAUACACACACAUAUAUAUAUAUAUAUAUAUAUUACGUAGGCAGCCCGCUAAGAGUGCAACAGACGAAACGCAGACAUUAGUUUCACGGUCGUUACCGAUCGUCAGUACGUCACAGACCUUACGAAGUGAGGUAAACAAGCAUGUCAUGUGGGCGUUAGACUCUCACUGUUGUGGUUAGGAUCUCACUCGAUCCCGUUGUGGCGGUGGAAGUGGAGGAGGAAGAUGAGCGGGAGGGGAAAGAGGAGGAGGAGGAUGGUGGUGGCGAUUAA